GCAUUCCGCGAGGCUUAACGUGGCGAGAGACUAGUCAUCCCACACGAAGGAUCGCAUGAUAGCAACGUAAUCACCCGUGUUCGACGAAAUGAGCUCCUCAUGAGCACAUUGAGGAGCUGAGCCAUAGCCUCAACGAGUCUCGAAAUAGGCUAUCCGUUUCAUGACUGAGACUCCUUCCAAUGGGCGAUGCGAAGUGGCGCAUCGAACAACACGAGAGGGCGCAGGCCGGUGGGGUGAAGGCAACGACGUUAUCUGGUUCAUUGAAAUACAAAGAGUCGGUUCUCGAGCAAGUGAAAAAUCAAAGAAUCUCAAGUUUGCAAUUUCCUUGAAAGGUCGUUCAUUGUAUCUUUACGUACAGUAUCAGUCGAUUUCAAGUUCUAGCAAAAUGAAGCUCAUAAACAUCAUCACUUUGUCCAUCCUAUCACACUUCGUGUCCAGCAGCCCAGUCUGCUACACACCUCCUCCUUCAUGCUCUCAAGAGACUAUCGAAGGCGCAUGCACAUGUUCCCAUGAUAUGCCCUACCAACGAUCGCGCUCAACAAUCACACUAGGCGCUAAAAUCGAGGAUGUCAGUGCAAUCAUGAAGAACUUCCACCAAACAGCCUGGAUCGGCGUCCCGCACCCCAUCAGUGUCUCCGGCACAGAUUUGACUCCCGGCGCUGUUCGCGUCAUGCCCGCCAACGGUGUCGAAUUCGUCGAGCAAAUCUACAACAUGGCCACACAACCUGAUGGCUCCUUCAAUCUCGCCUUGCAACAAGCUGACCGGCCAAUGUUCUACUGGAAUACAAGCGACCACCAAAUGAUCUUCGACGGGUUCUGGGACAGCAUGACUGUCACAAAGGUCAGCGAGCACGAGACGGCCGUAGACUGGCGCGCUUGGGGCUGCAUCAAUCAGCCGUCUGGCUUCAGUGUUUUCCAACGGGAGGCACUAAAAGGGGUGGUCAAGACCCUGAGUGAAGCUCGCCAGUUGGAUGAGCGAAAGACGAGCGAGAGAGUUACUAAGGUCGUGCCUCCUGAGUGGGAAGAUGUCAAUUGCUGUUAUCAAAACAAGGGUAAUGGCACUGCAGCCCGUGAGCCCGUGUCGCCUGCUAGAUCACGAUUGAGGGUGCGUACAGAGAGACAAAUUGUUGAUGGUUAUUAAGCGAUCGGGUUGCAGGUCCAUUUUCGUAUCUUGCUUGGACCCGGUGGUACGUGUGGUGUAGAUAGAGCGAUUCUUUUCUAUGUGGUGUGUGUAUUUGGCGCGAUUUUGUUUUAUGUCCAUCAUUGUUGUAAGCUGAAUUGAGAGUUAUAAAUAGAAGGGUGAAAGGUGAUAAGAGUAGAGUGAGCGACACAGUUGGAGGUAAUAUAGCAUUGGAUCAUUCGAAAUUAGACGCUCGCUUGUUAUGCUACUACAUAAUCUAGAAUCAAGAAUAGACUUUGUUGAACUGUGC